UAAGGUCCCGGCAGCCAUACCCACCACCGCCACUGCCUGUCCGCCGUUCCAGCCAUGGCACCGUCUUAUAGCGUGCCCUACACGACCCCGCUGCCCGAGGGCUUCGAAGUCGGCACCGUGCUGAGAAUCCGUGGUGUUGUCAACCAAGAGGCUGACAGGUUCCACGUGAACCUGAUGUGCAGUGACGAGACGGACAGUGAGAUCGUCCUGCACUUCAACCCCCGGCUGGCUGAAUCCACGGUGGUCAUCAACACCAUGGAGUGCGGCGCCUGGGGCUCAGAGGAGCGCGUCCUCGGCGGCGCCUUCCACCGUGGGCAGCCCUUCGACCUGCUCAUCAUCGCCAUGCAUGAAUGCUUCAAGGUUGUGGUCGGGGACUCGGAAUCCCACGAGUUCAUCUACCGGCUCCCACCAAAGCGCGCGCGCUGCUUGGAGGUGGGCGGGGACGUGAAGCUGGAUUUGGUGAAGAUCUUCUGAGCCUUCCCACGAGGGCGGGUGGGGACGGGGCGCAGGGGUCUUGGG